AUGCGUUUUUCACUCCAUUCUUUGGCCAUCUGCUUGGUCUCGACUCAGCCUCGUAUUUCCCUGGCGUCGCCCUGCAAGCCUGUGACUACUACUACUGCGCUUGCUGGAACCACCACGACUACUGGUGUCGCAGAGGCUACCACGACCACUGCGAUCGGUGAUGAUUCUACCACUACGGCUGCUGGAGAGACGACUACUACGGCUGAUAGCGAAGCCACUACCACUGCUGCUCUCUGUGAUAUGUCUACCACUCUCUCGCUCAGCGAAGGCUCAAUAACCACGGCACUGAUUGAAAGGUCUAGCACCACUACCCUCACUCAAGAUAAAAUCACCACUGAGGAGCCAACCACUACAUUUGAGGCGACAACCACGACCGCUGCUGAGAGUACCACUACAACAGAGGCUUUUGAGGGAACUCAAAUGCCCGCCGUCUUCGCCGACAACACCGAGAAGGAUACAUACAUUGAUCGAUAUGGCGGUACCUACAGCACUCCUCAAUCAGGCGGCUCAACCUCCAAGGCCCGCUUCCAAAUUGAGCCCGUGACCAACCGACUCUUUGCUUAUCUUGUUGAUGGCAAAAAAGUCUACCUGUUCACUGUUAUUCCCACUGGCCCCAACUACGCCUUCCAGUUUGAUGCGCUAGCCAACAUCGACCCGUAUCCUGAUGUUUACCACUAUGUUCAGUGCACCCCCGAUGCCAACAACGUCCUCAGCUGUGAAUCUGAAAGUGGUCCAACUCCUACUGUUUGGUACUGGUCGGAGAGUAAUGUGAGGUACUAUGGAAAAAGUGAUCCCGACUUUGACAGUGCACCUAUUGUCCACUUCAGGCUGCAGUAA